GUGCCCCUCUCAAAGUUCAGAGCAGCUGGGCUUCCCAGAGAGCCUAGCCUGACUGUUGUAAGAAGCAGCCUGCAGCCGUCCACACACCAGAACCUUUAGUUCCGCCACACAGGAGCACCGGGAUUUUCCAAGAAGGGUGGGCGGGCGGCAGUGGUGGUGGCGGUGCCAACCAUGAAGCACUGGCGCACUAUGUAAGAGCGGGUGGAGAAAUUCGUGUCGCCACUCUACCCACAACUUUAACCUCUGCUCUUCGGGGACAGCUGCCCCAUGGCCGUGCUCUCCAGUUUCCUGACACCUGAGAGGCUUCCCUAUCAGGAGGCAAUCCAGCAGGACUUCUGCCCUGCGCAGGUCGGUGACAGCUUUGGACCCAUAUGGUGGACCUUCUGGUUCCGGGUGGAGCUGACCAUCCUGGAGGCAUGGGUAGGUCAGGAAGUUCAUCUUCGUUGGGAAAGCUAUGGAGAGGGCCUGGUGUGGCAUGAUGGGGAACCAGUUCAGGCCCUGUCUCUUUCACUGUACUCCCACCACGUUUGACCAAAGAAGGGGGAGAAGAGCAGUUACAUCCUGAUUGAGAGGCUGGGAGAAGGAGACCCUCGGAGCCUGACCCUCCAUGUGGAAGUCGCCUUGGGACCCAGGAAGGGCACCAUGAUUGCAGACCCAGAGAAGAUGUUCCAGGUGAGCUGGGCUGAGCUGGACUUCUUCCACCGGGAUAUCCACAAGCUCCUGGUAGAUCUGGAACUGCUGCUGGGCAUGGCCAAGGGCCUCCGGGAAGACAACCAGCGCGGCUCCCAGGCCCUGUGCACAGCCCGGCAGAUUGGGAAUGUGUGUGACCCUGCCCCGCGGACCUUCCCGGCAGCCCAGUCUCUGGCCUCCAGGUCCUUUGGCCCAUGUGGAGGCAAAAGCCAGCAUACCAUCCAUGCCAUGGGGCACUGCCACACUGAUACGGAUAAGAGGUUAGCUGCCUGGCUUUGGCCCUUCAAAGAGACGCAGAAAUGUGCCCGGAGCUGGGUAACAGCCGUGCAGCUUAUGGAGCGGAACCCUGAGUUCAUCUUUGCCUGCUCCCAGGCGCAGCAGCUUGAGUAGGUAAAGAACCACUACCAUGGCCUGUAUGCCUGGCUCCAGGAGUUUGCCUGCCAUGGGCAGUUUGUCCCCUUGGGAGGCACCUGGGUGGAGAUGGAUGGGAACCUUCCCAGUGGAGAGGCAUUGGUGAGGCAGUUCCUGCAGGGCCAGAACUUCUUCCUGCAGGAGUUUGGGAAGAUGUGCUUGGAGUUCGGGCUGCCAAACACAUUUGGCUACUCAGCACAGCUUUCCCAGAUCAUGAGCAGAUGUGGCAUCAGACACUUCCUGGGCCAAAAACUGAGCUGGAACUUGGUGAAUGCCUUUCCACACCAUACCUUUUUCUGCGAAGGGCUGGAUGGCUCCCGUGUGCUGGCCCACUUCCCACCAUAUGGAAUAGAGGGCAGUGUGGAGGAGGUACUAAAGACAGUGGCCAAAAACCGGGACAAAGGACGGACCAACCAUAGUGCCUUCCUCUUUGGCUUUGGGGAUGGAGGUAGUGGCCCUCAGAUUAUGGUAGACUGCUUGAAGUGGCCGUACAAUACAGAUGGCUGCCCAGGUCAAACCUGGCCCACUAAUAGCCCUCACUGAGCUGCUAGCUUAGCCCUUGCUUUGAGCCCUUCUUUCUGCUCAACCCUGUGGGUCGGAGAGCUCUUCUUGGAGCUGCAUAAUGGCACCUACACCACCCACCCCGCCCAGAUCAAGAAAGGAAAUCGGGAGUGUGAGCGCAUCCUGCAUGACGUGGAGCUGCUCAGCAGUCUGGCCCUAGUCUGUAGUGCCCAAUUUCUAUACCCAGCCCAGCUGCAGGACCUCUGGAGACUCCUGCUCCUGAACGAGUUCCAUGAUGUGGUGACUGGAAGCUGCAUUCAGCUGGUGGCAGAAGCAGCCAAGUGCCACUACAAAGACAUUCAUUUCCAUGGCAACACACUGCUCAGUGCUGCGGCUGCAGCCCUGUGAGCUGGGGAGCCAGGUGCCCAGGACCUCCUCAUUGUAAAUACCCUGCCUUGGAAGCCCACUGGAGUGUUGGCCCUGCCCAGGCCUGACAGGACCCACAGCCUAGGCCUCAUCCCUAGCCCUGGUGACAGUGUCCAGCAUGGGUUAUACUCCUGCUCCUGCCCCGACCUCACUGCAGCCCUGCAGCCUUGGGGGGCUGUUGGUUGUGGGAAGCCCCUGCCAACUGUUUCAAGGCUCCCUUCUGCCAAGACUGAUGGUUCUGUGACUCUGGACAACGGGAGGCUGGACCCGACUGGCCACCUGACAUCCCUGGUGCUGGUAGUCUCUGGCAGGGAGGCUGUUGCCAAAGGCACUGUGGGAAACCAGUUUGUGCUGUUUGAUGAUGUCCCCCUGUACUGGGAUGCGUGGGACGUCAUGGAGUACCACCUAUCCCCCAGGAAGCCAGUGCUGAGCCAGGCAGGGACCCUAGCAGUGGGUGCUGAGGGUGUGCGGGGCAGCGCCUGGUUCCUACUGAUCAGCCCCCACAGUCAGCUCAGCCAAGAGGUUGUACUGGACGUCGUUUGCCCUAUCCCCAGGCCUCACCCUUUACCCCCACUCCAGGUGCACUGGCAUGAAACCCACAAAUUUCUGAAGGUGGAGUUCCCUGCCUAUGUGCAGAAUCCCCAGGCCACCUAUGAGGUUUAGUUUGGGCAUCUGUAGCGUCCCACCCACUAUACCACCUCUUGGGACUGGGCUUGAUUUGAGGUGUGGGCCCACAGCUGGAUGGACCUGUUGGAGCACAGCUUUGGGUGCCUACUCAGUGACUGCAAGUACAGAGCAUCAGUUCGGGGCAGCAUCCUCAGCCUCUCGCUCUUGCGGGCACCUAAGGCCCCUGAUGCCACUGCUGACGUGAGGUGCCACGAGUUCACAUAUGCGCUGAUGCCGCACAAGGGCUCCUUCCAAGAUGCUGGCGUUACCCAAGCAGCCUACAGCCUCAAUUUCCUGCUGUUGAUGCUCUGGAGUGCCUUCACUGUCUUCCUCCAGGUGGUGCUGGAGACCGUCCAGCAGGCAAGGGCCCCCAAGGGCCACACACUGGUGCUCAGGCUGUAUGAGGCCCAUGGCAGCCACGUGGACUGCUGGCUGCAAAUGUCGCUGCCAGUUCAGGAGGCCCUCCUAGUCUUCAUGGUCCCUCAUGUUCUGCAGCUGUGACCCCUUGGAGCUGGCCACCUGCCCCUUAGGGACACUGACCUGAAACUCACUUUUUCUCCCUUCCAAGUACAGUCUCUAUGGCUCAAGCUGCAACCUCCACUGAACUGAGUCUCUUGAGAGCGGGAUUUUUUUGUGGAAGGCUUUGGGGCCUGACUGCCUUUCCAGCCCUAAGCAACAAUAAAUCUUUGGCUCAGGAGCCCUGCUGGUAACUCCUGCUCUCUCCCCUUAAGGCAAGUCCUCAAGGCUGUGAGAAGAGAAGUCUCUCCUGGGCAUUUGGGGACAGGGGCAAAAUCUAAGGUGAUCUGUGUGUGCAGCAGGGUCUGGGUUGCAGCCCCCACAAGUGGGGAUAUGGAUGACCACAAGAUAAGAGCAUGAGAUAAGAAGUCCCUCCCCUGUGUCAGCAGGCAGAGGGCUGGGGUCUGGGUGGGUUCCAGCUAGCCCCCACUAGGAGGGGAGUACUAACUAGUCUGGCCAGGCUGGGGAGCAACCCCAGGCCCUGAGGAAUCCUGGACUGGAGGAGCUAUGGAGCCUGGGCUUCCUGAGAGGGGUCUCUGCACCACCUCUGAGGGGCUGUCCCUGAAGAGGCAGACUAUCCUAUGAAAGCCAGGCCUUG